CAGCGAGCGCGGCGCACGGUCCGCGCAGCGUCGACUCUUUGUGGGCGCGGAGUGGCAGUCGCACGCCCCGCCCGCGCUAGCGGGCGCUCCUCCCUCAACGGCGGGAAGCUGGCGGCGGCGGCGGCCGAGCGGAGGACCGGAGGACCCGGCGGGCGGCCUCGCGGGUCAGGACGCAAUGUUUACGCGAGGGCUGAAGAGGAAGUGUGUUGGCCACGAGGAAGACAUGGAGGGAUCCCUGGCCGGCUUGAAGACCGUGUCCUCCUACAGCCUGCAGCGGCAGUCGCUCCUGGACAUGUCCCUGGUGAAGCUGCAGCUCUGCCACAUGCUUGUGGAGCCCAACCUGUGCCGCUCAGUCCUCAUCGCCAACACAGUCCGGCAGAUCCAGGAGGAGAUGACGCAGGAUGGGACGUGGCGUGCAGUGACACCCCAGGCGGCAGGGCGGGCACCCCUCGACCGCUUGGUCUCCACGGAGAUCCUGUGCCGCUCAGCAUGGGAGCAGGAGGGGGCACGUCCUGUCCCUGGCUUGGGAGACGGCCACGUACAGGGCCCGGUUUCUGACCUUUGUCCAGUCACCUCAGCACAGGCGCCAAGGCACCCACAGAGCGGCAUCUGGGAGUUGGAUGGCCCUCGAGAAAACAGAGGCGGCUUUCACAAGUCACUCGAUCAGAUAUUUGAAACGCUGGAGACUAAAAACCCCGGCUGCAUGGAAGAGCUGUUCUCAGACGUGGACAGCCCUUACUACGACCUGGACACAGUACUGACAGGCAUGAUGGGGAGCGCCAGGCCAGGCCCCUGUGAAGGGCUCGAAGGCUUGGCUCCAGCCACCCCAGGCCCCAGCUCCAGCUGCAAGUCCGACCUGGGCGAGCUGGACCAUGUGGUGGAGAUCCUGGUGGAGACCUGAGCCAGAGCCCUGAGCGCUCGGGGCCGUGUCUUGACACGUGGACACGUGAGCACUGGCUCCUGCGGAGGGUGCGCCUGCCACCAGCGGCCCAGCCUUGCUGCCUGUCUGCUGUUCUGAGAAAUCCCAGGACAGCGUAUCAGCAGCAGGGUCUGCAGCCCCAGGCCCGUCCCACUCGCUCUUCCCCCUGUGGAGGGCCAGGCAGAGGCUGUUCUGGAAGGCUUGUCGCCUCUGGGCCAGUCCUGACGUCCCCAUAGCCCUGGUCCCUUGUUCCUCUUUGUGUCCCCCACUGUAGAGGACGGUGAGCCGAAGCUGCGUCACCCUCCUUUAAUUUAGAUGGGUGAAUUUUUUACAAUUCAGUUUGAUAUGUUAUUUUGUCUUAAGAUAUAUUUUUAAACUUUUUAUACUUUAUCUGUUUAGAUUUUUUCAGCUAUUUUCUUAAAAGUAUAUUUUUUCUAUAAACAUCCUUUGCUGCUACAUUAGAACUUUUAUAGCCUAAACAAUUGCAGUUGGUGUUUCAUUGUUUUAAGGUUUAAAUAAGGGAUUUUUUUUUUGCAGUGAGCAUCACUACAGUCCGAGUCAGCAGUGUGAAUGUAUCAUGUUUUACUUGAAAUGUGUGUGCGUGAUACUUCUCCAUUCUGUUCUGUGCCAGUGAGACCUGGGUGAAGAUCAGGAACCGCACACAGCUCCUACACUUUGUUGUCACUAGAAAAUCUGGGAGCCACAUGUUCCUAGACGUAAGUGUAAAUUAUGGAGGAUUUUAUUUAUGUCUAUUUAUAUGUAAAUGCCAUUGAAAGCAAAGGUCAGAUACUUGUUUGCAGAUCUAGGGCACCAGUUGGUCUUCAGGGACCUCAGAGCUCCCUCAUUGGUGCCUUCUGACAGAUGGUGUUCCUGGAGGCUCCCAUCAGGAGCAGCCCAGGCACCUGCCCUGGGGAAGGAAAUAGUGUUGCUGCUGAAUUAGGAGUGCCUGUGCUGCUCUCUGAGAUUGGUGCUGGAGCAAAAGGUUAAGGUUAGAUUGAAGUCUAGAAUGAAAGUAAUCUGAAUCCGUGUCAUUCAUGGCCCCUCGAUCUGGAGGGUCACGGCUCCUGCCGCAGGGAGUGAGCUGCUGGUGCCUGCAACCUUGCGCUCUUGCCCCGCCUCACCCCACGUGUUUCCUGUUUCUCAUGCUUUUUCUAACUUUCUUGCCCUUUAGCCAAUAAGGAUUGUUUUCUUUUGUGCAUAUAGCCAUUCUUAAAUAGCAGUGAUGUACACUUCACUUUAUUAAAAAAUUAUCCAGCAAACAAAA